AUGUCGAUCUCUGCCGGCUUAGACGCCCUGCGCGAUGCGCUGCCAGAGGACCUUCCGCUGUCCAUUGUGGGCAUUAUCGCCACGGUCCUUAUCGGCGUAGUAUACUCUUACAUAUCCCAGGAGAGGCCUCUGGCAGGAUUCCCCCUGGCCACGGUGGAAGGAAAGGGUCCAAAGAAGAGUUGGCUGUUCCACGGAAGACAACUCGUGGCCGAGGGAGUCAAAAAGUACUCUGGCGCCUUCCAGGUCAUGAGUGGAACUGGUCCCAAGAUUGUCCUCCCAAACAGGUUCGCCGAUGAACUUCGCAACAACCCGCACCUGAACUUCAACAAGGCGUUCGCCAAGGAUUUCUUUACCAAUUAUCCGGGUUUUGAACCCUUUGCCCAAGGGCUGCAAGAUGACACGCUCAUUCAAGAGACUGUUCGGGUCAAGCUCACUCAGUCCUUGGGUUUGAUCACUGACGAUUUAGUCGAUGAGACGACUGCAUCGCUCCACGACAUUUACGGCGAAAGUGGAGAGUGGAAGUCUCUGGUUCUGAAGGAUACGGUUCUCCAUCUGGUGGCCCGUCUGUCUUCUCGCGUCUUUCUCGGCAAGGACUUGUCACGCAAUGAGAGAUGGCUCGAAAUUGCCAAGAACUAUACUGUCGACGGCUUCACCGCAUCAUUCCUGCUGAGAUUGGUCCCCAGCAUCCUGCGACCGUUCGCUUACUGGCUGAUCCCACAAUGCCGAUCAUGUCGACGUGCCGUCAGAGAUGCGCACAAGAUCAUUGACCCAGAGGUCGAGCGUCGAGUCAAGGCCGUUGACGAGGCACUCGCACGAGGCGAGAAACCCAAGAAGACGGCUGACGCCAUCGGCUGGAUUCACGAAGUCUCUCGGGGUCGCAGAAUCGACUAUGUCAGCGCGCAGCUAUCACUCACUCUCGCCGCGAUCCACACGACUACUGAAACGACAACGCAAGCCGUCUUCGACCUCUGCGAGCACCCCGAGGUCAUUGAGAAAUUGCGAGGGGAGAUUAUCGAGGUCGUGGGCGAGCACGGCUGGGCCAAGACGAGUCUGUACAAACUCCGACUCAUGGACAGUUUCCUCAAGGAGAGCCAGCGCGUGCGGCCCAUGGCUGCGACCUCGAUGAACCGCUUCGUCGAGCAAGAGGUCACGCUGUCGGACGGCACGGUGCUCCCGCGGGGCAGCCGCAUCAACGUCAUGACCAACUUCAUGGACCCCAAGGUGUACGCCGCGCCCGAGGAGUUUGACCCGGCGCGCUUCCUCCGGCUGCGCGAGCAGCCCGGCAGCGAGAAUGCCUGGCAGUUUGUCACGACGAACCCGGAGCACAUGCUCUUUGGCCACGGCCAGCACGCCUGUCCCGGCCGCUUCUUUGCCGCCAACGAGGUCAAGAUUGCCCUCUGCCACAUGCUGCUCAAGUACGACUGGCGCUUGGUCCCCGGUGAGACGCGUCCCCAGGAGAUGGUCUUUGAGUCCACCAUUGGCUGCAGCACGGAUGGAAAGGUGGAAUUCAGGAGGCGCCAGGAGGAGAUCAACCUCGAUGUGCCUUUGUAA